AUGGCGUGGCGGAAACACCAGCUCCUAGCUGACUUCGAUGGAAACGAAAUCAGCUCUCAUGAGAACGAGAGCCCUGCACCCAACAAAUUCAGGAGAAAGGCUUCUUUGAGUUCUCUUAAUACCAUCUGCAUGUCUCUAAGGAAGCGAGUGCCAUUAAAGCAAGUAGAGCUGAAUUUUCAUAAGACCCCAACUUGGGAAAGUCUGGAACCAAGACAGAAGCACCAAACUCUUCAGAGUAUUAAAAGAACAGCAAAAAAUGCUUUUGGAACAGUGUCCCAGAAAAUAGAGAAGUCUUGCCAAAGCCCAGUACAAUCAGAGGUGACUGUUCCAGCUGAAUCCAUCAACAGAACCUAUGCGACCACUUCCACCAAGAAAAGAAGUACUACACCUCGAACCCCUUGCCAUGAAAAGAGUGUUACCCCAGCAGCCAGUUCCAAAGGCACCCCAAGAUCCAGCAAGAGAGUCUUGCUUGGACCAGUGAGAGUGUCAGAACAUAGGGAAUGGAGGGAUUUCUCAUCCUGGCUUCGUAAAGAUGCUGUCUCUCUCAGGAGAUCAAGAAGAGCAGCAGCACUGAAGAGCCCUUAUUCAUCACCUGGUCCUGCCAGCAGAAACACAGAGUUUGACUGUCAGUUGGAGCUGGUCUCCUCAGGGAUUUGCCAAUUGAAGCGUGUCUCCCAGGCAUUUGAUGAUGCCAUUGUGCAAGAGGAGAGGCAACACGCAAUAUCAAACUACUACUAUAUAAUGGCACAAAACUUAGUGUCUGCACGUCGAUCUCGGAAACUUUCUCAAGCUAUCCGAAGGAGAGCAAAGAAACUCCAUCAGGCGCUUGGUACCUAG